AAACCAAACGUCAUCUUGACGCGACAGCAGGGUCAUUUGUUGCUGUUGUCUUCGGGUGAUUUUACACAGAAGACUUUUAAGAGCAGAAACUAUCACUAACUAAACAGAAACAUGUCUACCGCCAUGAACUUCGGGACGAAGAGCUUUAAGCCUCGAGCUCCUGAUAAAGGCUCGUUCCCUCUGGAUCACUUCGGAGAGUGUAAAGCCUUCAAGGAGACCUUUAUGAGAUGCCUGAAAGACAACAGCUUCGACAACUCCAAGUGCAGACUGCAGUCCAAAGACUACCUGGAAUGCCGCAUGGAAAAUCAGCUGAUGGCCAAGGAGCCUCUGGAAAAACUGGGUUUCAAGGACAUGAUGGAUCCUCCUCGCAGCCAAGCAGACGGAGACACUAAACCCUGACACAGACAGCUGCUGUGUCAUAAAAGCGAGGAUGGUGUUGCUGUGAACUUAACGUAUCAAACAAUUUGUUGUUAAUAAGAUGACAACACAAAGCAAAGACUGCUGUGAGUGUGAAACUGAGGAGAAUGGCUUCAAAGAACUUUGAGGAUGCGGGCCAGCAAGAGGACAUUGGGGUCUUAGUUUGUCACAGAGAACAAACUAAUUUUAUCAAUCCUUUGUGUACAUAAGAUAUAAUGUGUAAUAUAUGGAGAUGCUGUUUUGACAGGUCAAUAAAUAUUUUGUAUUUAAACUAAA